AUGUCGCAAAAUAGGCCUGGAGGAGUCUUCUCUGGCUUGCGCAUGGGCGAGGUGGUACGAGAGAAGGUGCAGGAUGGCCUCACGGGCGAGACAAGAGAGAUGCAAUAUACACAGUGCAAGAUCGUGGGCAACGGUUCCUUUGGUGUAGUGUUUCAGACAAAGUUGUCGCCUAGCGGGGAGGAUGCGGCGAUCAAGCGAGUCCUACAAGACAAACGGUUCAAGAACCGUGAGUUGCAGAUCAUGCGCAUUGUCCGACAUCCGAAUAUCGUAGAGUUGAAAGCAUUCUACUACUCAAAUGGAGAACGGAAAGAUGAAGUUUACCUCAAUCUCGUUCUCGAAUACGUCCCAGAGACAGUCUACCGCGCCUCCCGCUACUUCAACAAACUGAAGACAACCAUGCCCAUUUUGGAGGUCAAGCUCUAUAUCUACCAGCUCUUCCGGUCCCUGGCCUACAUCCACUCACAAGGAAUCUGUCACCGAGACAUCAAACCGCAGAACCUCUUACUUGACCCGGCAACGGGCGUGUUGAAGUUGUGUGAUUUCGGCAGCGCAAAGAUCUUGGUCGAGAACGAGCCCAAUGUUUCCUACAUUUGCUCUCGUUACUACCGCGCUCCGGAGUUGAUCUUUGGUGCCACAAAUUACACUACCAAGAUCGAUGUUUGGUCAACGGGCUGUGUUAUGGCCGAACUGAUGUUGGGUCAACCAUUGUUCCCAGGAGAGUCGGGCAUAGAUCAACUUGUCGAGAUCAUCAAAGUCCUCGGGACCCCGACCAGGGACCAAAUUCGCACCAUGAACCCAAAUUAUAUGGAGCACAAAUUCCCCCAGAUCAAGCCUCAUCCGUUUAAUAAGGUUUUUCGGAAGGCAUCCCCCGACGCGAUCGAGUUAAUCUCUGCUCUCCUGGAAUAUACCCCGACUCAACGACUGUCUGCCAUCGAAGCCAUGUGCCACCCCUUCUUCGAUGAGCUGAGAGAUCCCAAUACCCGCCUCCCCGACUCGCGUCAUGCUGGUGGAGCACCACGCGAGUUACCCCCUCUGUUUGAUUUCUCUCGACAUGAACUAUCGAUUGCGCCUCACCUCAACUCGAAACUUGUCCCGCCCCAUGCCCGUCCGCUCCUUGCGGCCAAGGGUCUCGACCUGGACAAUUUCACCCCACUUUCCAAGGAGGAAAUGAUGGCUCGACUUGAUUGA